CUCAUCAGCAUCUCUGCAACUUUCCUUCUUCUUUUUGUGACAAACGGAGUGGGGGAAGGGAUAAAGGGGGGAGGGAGCAGAGAGAGAGAGAGAGAGAGAGAGAGAGAGAGAGAGAGAGAGAAAAGAGGAGAAAGGACGACGUCAGAUGGUAGUGGGAUGGCUUUAUGUGAGGGAGAAGGAAAGAGAAUACCGUCCUGAAGAAAGAGGACUCGGUGAAUGAGCGUUUGCAAAGCUGCGCUGCAACCGGGAAACAAACCAGCGUUUCAAAAACAAAGGACAGCUUCUUCACUGGCGCCGGCCAAAAUCUCCACACUUUUAACUUACCGUGUGUCUUAAGGACGGUACCAUGGCUGAGGGAAGCUGCUUUGGUGCAUUAUAGCCGCUUGGGAUGACCAGAGCUGGACUUUGUCUCAGAGAAGAAGCAGGUAGAGCAAAGAAGAACAAGUUGUGAGAGGAGGGAAAACAUCUGCUCCGAGAGGAUAAGAUCAGCAGCCCAUCUGGAUCUGAACAGGGAACUUACUGGACCUUUCUCUUUGUAAGGAAAGGAAUUUAAAUUCCCCAAUAUCAGUGCUCUGUCACUUGGAGGAGCUUUAAAAGAUUUCAAGAAUUUGUAUUUUAUUUCUUAUCUUCGGCUGUUACCAUUUCUUAACGCCAUGUGUCAUGUUAUUGUAACAUGCCGCUCCAUGCUCUGGACACUGCUCAGUAUUGUAGUGGCCUUCGCUGAGCUCAUUGCUUUCAUGAGCCCUGAUUGGUUGCUGGGUUACCCUCGGUCAGACGCCAGUGCGAGCGGGGCAGGAGUGGACUCUGGGGAGUACCGCCCGUCUCUUGGCCUCUACAGCCGCUGCCUUCGUAUCGGAAGCCGGGGUGUAGGGGUGAGCUGCGGGCCUUAUGCUGGGACAUUUGGAGAAGUGGCCAGUGGCUUCUGGCAGGCUGCGAUGUUGUUUCUGGCAGCAGGGACGUUGGUGCUUGGAGGAGUGGCCUGUAUCUCCAUCUUCAGCCUGUGCUUCCAGAGCAUCCUGAAGAAGAGUUUAUUCAACAUUUGUGGACUGCUCCAGGCUAUUGCAGGCCUGUUGCUGAUGGUGGGCCUCAUGCUGUACCCUGCCGGUUGGGGUUCAGAGAAGGUGAUCCAGUACUGCGGCACAAACGCCUUGCCCUUUAGGCCGGCAAUGUGCUCACUCGGCUGGGCGUUCUACGCAGCGAUAGGUGGAACACUGGCAAGUUUCCUGUGUGCUGUUCUGUCCGCACAGGCUGAGAUUGCCACCUCCAGUGACAAGGUUCAGGAGGAGAUUGAAGAGGGGAAGAGUCUGAUCUGCCUGCUCUGAGCCGUCAGAAACCUUGGAAAACUCCAGGAAUUGGAAACCUGUACAUGCCAGUGGAGGGAGAACAGACAUUGCCAACUCUGAUUGAUUUUCUUCAUGAUAGCGUGCUUAAAACCAGCUAAUUGUUGAAUAGAUAGCAGCCUUGGUAACAGUUUUUUAAGUUGUUAUGCAUGGUGUUCUCUUCUGAAAGUUGCUGAAGCUGACCUGAUGAUACCAAGAUGGGAUAAGGAACAUUACCUGUAUAUUUAUCCAAGUAUUUUUGACCAAGAUACUGUUUUUUUCUUUUGUAAUUCUUGCCUUACCACUGUAUUGAAAUAGCAGCAGAUUGUUAGUGGUAGUGGAUAUGCCAUUAGUGUUAUUGUGGACAGAUUAAACACUGCCAGUAAAACAGUGUGUAGGACUGUAACGUUCAUUCACAUGGUUCACCUGCAAACCUCAACAAACCGCUGAAUACUAGCAGAUGUGUCCACUAAAACACCCAACAACAGCUUGCAUAUGUUCUCCGUGUGUGUGUGUGUGUGUGUGUGUGUGUGUGUGUGUUACAGACAUUAAUUGAGGUUUCUAAAUGUCCAUAUGCUCUGAAUCUGUGGCACAGCACGACAGUAAAACUCUCCAGCUACCUUUUUAAAUGUGCCACUUUAAAGGGAUCUCGUCUUAUUAAAUGGAUUGUUUGUGGGUCUAUUGCAGCUUAUUAACUGGCAGAGUGUGUGCAGAAGAGAACCAGAGACUUUGCCAUAUGGUGCGCUUACAUUAGCGGGUGUUUGCUCACAGCGAGAUAAAGCAGCCGCCCCAUAGCCUAUCAUGACUUACCUUAUGGCACACCAUACAGACAAUAUCUGGCUUUGUAAAGAUGUCCAAGACACAAAAAAAGUGAGUCAAAUGUCAAAAAGCUUUUUUUGAAUGCAAAAAAGCUUCCAGUGGGUCAUCCGUGUGAUUUGGACUUUUUUUUUUUUUUUUUUAAAGCUGAUUAGGGCAGUCAUCUUUGUCUGUAUGGUACAUUUAGAGUAUUCCUAAAGACCACCUGAUAUUGUGUCUUGCACUUGGUCCUUAAUUCAUUUCACAUUGCUACACAUUUUGUUCACUUGUUUCUAUUUUAUUUUUUUUCCAAGAAUACUACAGUAAGUUGUGGUAAAUGUAACACUGUGUGAUUGCUUUUAUUCUUUUGUAGGUGAGAUGUGCAAUAAUUCAGCUAUAGUGUGUUUGCUGUGGGAGUGAAUGGACCGAGAGGAUGAGACUAUGGAGUGAAAUCAUGAUAUGGGUUUUAAUAUGUACAAAAAAAACAAAACAUUUCUAGUCUGUCUGUACUUAAAUUAAUAUGUUGACUGUUUUUGUUACAUUAACAAAAGAGUAACAACAUCUGUGGCACAUUUGAUGAUCAGUUUGAUGCUGCAUGUAUGAGAGGUUGAUGUGUGUGAGAAGCGAUACUGUCUGUACUUUGUACUCAAAUAAAACAGGCCCGCUUUAGUAAAUCUAUCUGUGGCAA